CCCUCCAAGCCAAGUCCCUACAUUUCCAUAGCCUGAGCAGCCUCAUUCAUUUGGCCACUCUCACCUACCAAUUCAACAACAAGACAUAGUCAAACUUUCCUUUAUUUCCGCCCACGUUCUACUCACCUUCCUAUAAAUACAAAUCAUGUUGAAGAAACUCGGGAGAAAAGUCAAUACUUUAAUCACCAAACCCUUUAAAAAGCCUAAAAAACCACCCCCUAAACCAUCAUCACCACCACCACCACCCCUACCAUCUCCACCAAUGUCUCCGCCGAUGCCUCAAAUCCCUCCCAAAAACUACCCUUUUCUCUUCCCCAAAGUACAAUCCUCUGUUCUCUCUGACCCUUCUCGUUUCUUCUCCCCAAACCUCCUCUCAUCCCCUCUCCCUACUAACUCUUUCUUCCAAAACUUCACUCUCAAAAAUGGCGACCAGCCUGAAUACAUCCACCCUUAUCUCAUCAAAUCAGCCGACUCUUCCCUUUCUAUUUCCUACCCAUCCUUCUUUCACAACCCUUCUUUCAUUUACCAAAUUUUCGUCCCUGAUUUAACCAUCUUUGCUACCGAUAAAACCACCUCAACUUCGGAUAAAAGCCACAUUAUCUCUUCUUACAGUGAUCUCAGUCUUACUUUAGAUAUCCCUUCCUCCAACCUCCGUUUCUUUCUUGUUCGAGGUAGUCCCUUUUUAACCUGUUCUGUAACCGGCAAUACACCGAUAUCGAUCUCCACUGUUCAUGCAAUUCUCUCGUUUUCUUCCAAUAGUUCACUCACCAAGCAUACCAUUAAGCUGAACAAUGGCCAAACUUGGAUUAUAUAUGCAUCGUCAUCCAUCAGUUUGAAUCAUAGUGUUUCUUUGAUUACUUCUGGUGGGUUUUCGGGUAUUCUUCGGAUAGCUGUAUUGUCUGAUUCUGACCCGACAUGUGAAUCAAUCCUCGAUCAGUUCUGUUCUUGCUACCCGACUUCAGGUGAUGCAGUUUUAACCAAACCGUUUUGUGUAGAGUAUAAAUGGGAAAAGAAAGGAUGGGGUGAUUUGCUUAUGCUUGCACACCCACUUCAUCUUGAUAUUUUAUGUAAGGACUAUUGUGAUGUUAAGGUUUUAGAGAAUUUUAGGUAUAAAAGUAUUGAUGGGGACCUUGUUGGUAUUGUUGGUGAUUCCUGGGUGUUGAAACCACACCAAGUUUCAGUAACUUGGCAUUCAAUUAAAGGGGUUAAUGAAGAAUCGUAUGCUGAGAUUGUAACUGCUCUUGCUAAGGACGUUGAUGCCUUGGAUUCAUCGGCUAUAACGACGAAAUCAUCUUAUUUUUAUGGCAAGUUGAUUGCAAGAGCAGCAAGGUUGGCUUUGAUUGCUGAAGAAGUGUGCUUUCUUGAUGUGAUUCCAGCUAUAAGAAAGUUCUUGAAGGAUACAAUUGAGCCAUGGCUGGAUGGGACUUUUAAUGGGAACGGUUUCCUGUAUGAAUCGAAAUGGGGUGGAAUUGUGACUAAACAAGGGUCAACGGAUUCAGGGGCAGAUUUCGGGUUUGGAGUUUACAAUGACCACCAUUAUCAUAUUGGUUACUUCCUUUAUGGAAUAGCUGUCUUGACCAAGAUUGACCCUGCAUGGGGAAGGAGGUAUAAGCCCCAAGCUUAUUCACUUGUGGCUGAUUUUAUGAACUUAGGCAGGAGAUCGAAUUCAAAUUAUCCACGAGUGAGGUGUUUCGAUUUCUACAAGCUCCAUUCUUGGGCUGGAGGGUUGACUGAAUUUGCAGAUGGAAGGAAUCAAGAAAGCACUAGUGAAGCUGUGAAUGCAUAUUACUCUGCUGCACUAAUGGGGUUAGCCUAUGGAGACACCCAUCUUGUUGCAACUGGUUCAACGCUUACAGCACUGGAGAUUCAAGCAGCACAAACAUGGUGGCAUGUUAAGGAAGGAGAUAAUCUAUAUGGAGAAGAAUUCACUAGAGAGAACAGAGUUGUAGGUGUUUUGUGGGCCAACAAGAGGGACAGUGGUCUUUGGUUUGCUCCUCCUGACUGGAGAGAAUGCAGGCUUGGAAUCCAAUUGCUACCAAUAUUGCCAAUCAGUGAGGUAUUGUUCUCUGCCAUUGAGUUUACCAGACAGCUUGUGAACUGGACAUUGCCAGCACUGGGAAGAGAAGGUGUAGGAGAGGGAUGGAAAGGGUUUGUAUAUGCCUUGGAAGCAAUUUAUGACAAAGAGAGUGCUUUGGAAAAGAUAAGGAACCUGUCUGGCCAUGAUGAUGGGAAUUCACUUACUAAUCUCUUGUGGUGGGUUCAUAGCAGAGGUGAUGAACUUGAAAUUCAACAUGGUGCAGAAGGGAAAUAUUGCUGGUUCACUCAUUAUUGUCAUUGAAUUUGCCUAAACCAUGAAAUGUUACUGGACUCAGUUCCUGCCAUUUUCUUCUGUGAUUGCUGCUUAAUGCUAUGUAUGAUGCUUGCUGAAAAUGAUGUAUACAUCCAAACUGAAAGGACAUAUAUAUCUAUAUCUAUAUCUAUAUAUAUAUAAAUUCUUAUUAUUAAUAUA